AUGUCCAAAGACCGCAAGCCAGUCCUCAUAAUCGGUGCCGGAGUUGUUGGUCUAGUACUUGCUCAUGGGCUCAAAAAGCUCGGCAUUCCUUUCAAGGUGUAUGAGCGCGACAGCCACAUCAGCGCUCGAGGCCAGGGCUGGGCCAUAACCCUCCACUGGGUUCUUCCUUUCCUGCGAGAGCUCUUAUCGGACGACACGUUUAAACGCGUCGAAGCAGUUCAAGUCGAUCCAGAAGCCGACCUUCAAGGUCGAGGAAAGUUUGUUUUCAUUAACCUUGAGACUCUCGAGCCCAAAUUCCUCAUCCCACCCGGCGACCGGCGACGAGUCAACAGAGAAAAGAUGCGGAAUGUCCUUCUAGAAAGUGUUUCUGAGCAUGUGACAUGGAACAAACGCCUCGCUUCCAUUCAGGAACACGACGACCAAGCGAUCGCGAUAUUCGAGGACGGAUCUCAAGUUGAAGGGUCCCUCAUUGUCGGCGUUGAAGGGAGCAACUCAAGAACCCGGAAAUACCUUGCACCUGAUUCUUAUCGAAACGUCCGACUACCAAUACGUUUUACGGGCGCUGCUCUAAACCUCACGCCAGAGCAAGUAAAGCCGCUAAAGGAUAUUGACCCUCUACUUUUCCAGGGAUGUCACCCUGUGACAGGGACCUUUUUCUGGUUCAGCAUGCUGGAAACACCACAUGUCAACGGAACUGCAGGAACAGAUAAUGAGCGCUAUCGAGUUCAAGUCAUGAUAUCAUGGCCUAUGAAAACAGAACAAGAGGAGGUCAAGGCCACUGACGCAGAGCGUUUGGCGUACAUGAAGCAACGGGCAAUUGAGUUCAAUCCUGUGCUACGAGAUGUCGUGCAUGCCAUUCCUGAGGGAUCUGAAGUCAUUGAGAUUGUACUCCAGGACUGGCCAUGUCUUCCGUGGGACAAUCGCAGUGGUAAGAUCACUCUUGCUGGCGAUGCUGCUCAUGCGAUGACUAUGUAUCGAGGGGAGGCGGCGAACCAUGGUAUUCUGGAUGCUUACAGGCUGACCAAAGCACUAGAGGCAGUCUACAACCAGGAAGAAGAUUGCAAAAAAGCUAUUGAUGAAUACGAGACGGAGCUCAGGGAGAGGACUAGUGUUGCUGUAUUACUCAGUCGACAGGCUUGUUUGGACGCACAUGAUUGGGAAGGGUUGAAUGCCAACUCUGCUGUAUUAAAGAAGAGAGCUAUUGCUGGUGUUUAA